AUGCAUGAUGAUGGGGGUCGGCAGUCGUUGUACCCAAGUGAUCAUGACGUCCCGGGCGAUCAUGAUGGCGUGUGCUCAUCAAUUGGUUACGACUCAGCGGGUGCCGAGGGCUAUGUUCCAUGCGAGACCUGCGUAAAACGUGGCUGCUCCACAAUAUGUCCUAGUGGAUCAUUGACAGCGGGAAAGGGCAAUCGCCUUGUGCUCGCAAAUACAGAGGAGUUACAUAGCAAAAUCGAAGUCAUGUCAGCGCGAAUGCGUGAACUCGAGGAAACCCUCCGCCAAAUGCAUUCUAAAGUGUCCGAUCUACCGCACCCGCUACUUUCAGAUACCGAUACGGUCAUUUCAAACGAUAGUCCAGAAUCCAGCUCAGGCAGUGACUUUCCAGAACAACAGCCCCAAGCUUCGAAUAAGGCUGAUGCUGAUUCUGUCAUAGAUGCAUUUGGCACGCUCACCAUUGGCACUCGUGGAGAAACCAUUUUUAUGGGCGGCACCGCCCGUUCAGAACCACCUCUGAAACAACAACCAAAGCCUGCUUUUUCUGAAACCUUUCCCCGACUUUCGAAACAGAUCCUCGAUGCUUGGUUGCCUGGUUCUGACUGUGUCCCGAGUGAUAAUGGCCUCUGGAAACCUGUCUAUUCAUAUCUACCUCCAUUGUCAGAGGCGGUCCGCCUUAGUGAGAUUUACCUUGAAUGGGGUAAAGUCUUGUGGACUCCCCUGACACGAUCGGAACUUUUUGAUAAUAUCCUUCAAAGUGUUUAUCAUGCGAAAUCAUACUUGUUCAUUGGGUUGGGUGUAAAACUUGGUUAUAGGGUUCAUCUUUCCGGCGCUAGGUGGAAGCUUAGCGACGCUGUUGUUCAAAAACGCAGCUCCGUCUUUUGGCAGAUGUUCAUGUUGGAUACCUGGAUCAGUUUCUAUGCUGGCCGCCCACCAAACGUCUCUCCCGAUUGGAUCGACACUCCUUACCCAAAUGAUGAUUUCGCGGUAGUCAACGACAAAGGGGAAAAGGAGAUGAGUGGACAUAUGUGGUCGUGGAAAUUUUCGCGGCUCCUGCACCACGUAAUGGUCAAUGCAUUUGGAGCCAAAACACCCACCUACCGCACGAUCCUCGAACUCGAUCGGAAAAUCCGCGAUUUCCCUGUCCCAUCUCAUCUUCAGCCCCGCUGUGCUACAAGCGAAACUCUGACAAAAGCCGCGAUUCUCCAGCAAGUCCAGACGUCUUUUCUCCUCACAAAUAAGGAAGCUACGUUGUUAAAUAUCCAUCGACGAUACUUCACACAAGCUUUGGAGGACCAGCCCGAUGACCUCUUGAAGCAUAAGUACGGCCCCUCGGUCAUGGCGAUGUAUCGGUCUGCAUGGCGAGUGAUAGAAAGUCACUCGCAUGCAGCUAGUAAGAUUCCGCAAGUGAUUGAGCGAUUAGGUCUGUUCUGGUCACAUGCUCUAUCCGCCGCCAUCGUCAUGUGCAUGAUCGUUAAUCGUGCGCCUCAAUCAAACAUAGCGCCUUCUUCAUUGCGCGAGCUUGAUGUCGUUUAUGAAGUAUUCCAGAAGUCAGCGCCUACCUCAAAGCCUGCCGCUGUGCUCCUCGACUCAAUAACAAAAGUCUGGAAAAAAGGCCACGAUGCUGUUGAUCGCCCUCUUUAUGACGAUCAGUCCGGCUUAUCCCGCGCCGAACUCGAUCGCCUUGGUGGUGGCAAAACUCAUCUAAUAUCCCAAACAAGCCCUCGAUCUAGCGCCUCACCGCCGUCUGUCCAACCUACACCAUCAGAAGCCGAGUCAAGCGGCUCGUGCCAGCCAAGCAGACAAUUUACAUGGGAAGGACAGGGCGUCGGGUUUGAUAUACACCCGCGCAUCAUGCAAGAUAUGCGCGUCUUUGACAAAUUCGAGCAAUCACCGUUCACUGCGGGCGGCUCUUUUGACUCGCAUGAGUCUUUCUUCCAGGCAAUGAGCGAUGUGCAGUUUAGUGGGUCGAGUGUGUAUGGGGCGGAGAUUUAUAGUGGACAGCCGCAGGUGCUGAAUACGUUUCAUCCUGCACAUUCAUACAGCGCCCCGAAUGGGAUACAGGAGGUGCCGGUGCUGGAUGCGGCGUGGCAGAGCUUUGUGGAGCAACUGGGGUUUUAA